AUGGCCCGAAGAGUUACAGGUCCCAGUCACCCACCCGGAUCGCCUGGACUAUAUCAGCACUCCUCGAGGUCUCUCUACCCCACGUUCCUGACGUUACCAGAGACAGUCAAGCUCCAGGCCUACUGGGCAUGGAAUGGUUUUGUGGACGGCUGCCGCUGGGAUAUUGUCGUGAGGACGGCUUCAAGUGACCCAGAGAUCCGGUCUAAUGUCCUGAAAUCACUCCUCCUCAACUCUCUCUCGUUGACUUCUAUUUAUGUGUUCGACCUCCUCCUGCAUCCCCUCGUCCGAGACCAUCCGAGCUGGUUUCAUCGCAAUGUCGGAUGGUUCUACCGCGUACUCUGGCUUAUGCCUGUUAUUGGCGUCUCCUUCUGGCUGAACAGUUCUUGGUGUAAUCUCAUCGCGAAGCGUACCUUCGUACUUCAGCACGGUAGUCGAGCGUCCCAGCAACAGCCCAUGACCUACACAGGCUUGUUGACUAUGCUUGCAACCUCGGCGUACAGAGGAAUCAUGGUCCUCACGUCAGUAGUCGUGUCAUUUGCCCUUGUGUCAAUACCAUACAUUGGCUCCCCCGUGAGUUUUGCAUUCAUGUGUUGGGUAGAUGCAUACUACUGCUUUGAGUUCAUUUGGGUAGCGCGAGGCCUCUCCUUGGCAAGGCGCGUUCGUCAUCUUGAGGAGCGAUGGGCGUACUACUUCGCAUUUGGCUUACCCUCAGCUGCACUCUGCACAUGGGGAAGCAGUUUGGCCAAUGUCGCGUUGUUCGCUUUAAUUUUCCCCGCGUUUAUCAUCAUGGCUAUGCAUGCACGGCCUCUACCUCAAGAUCCUUAUAACCCUCUGCCUCAAUCAGAUGAUACCAUCCGAUAUCCUUCACCUUACCUGCCGAUUCGCAUGCCUGUGUUUGCAUUAGUGAUAUGGCUAAACGACUGGGUCGUACGCCUGCUUAGUGUGGGCACGCGAACGCCAUCUGCUCGUUCAGGACACCGGCGUGUGCCCAGCGAUGGAGGAUCCGAGCAGGUGGAAGAAGGAGCCAGUAUCGAAAUGGAUGGUAUGAGUGCCGAUACGAGGAUACCGAGGGAUAUGGGCGCCGGAACAACAGACGGGCGUCGUUAUCGAGUGAUGAGGACCGGCAACCAGGCCCGACGGAAGGCCGACUAA